AUGGCGAUACCAGAAAAUACACCAGACGAUGCUAGCAACGGCAAUGAUGCCAUGCCACACGAUAGCACCAGCAAAGGCGUUGCCCCAGGCGUUCAUACGACUUCUAAUGACGAUGUCACCUACACAGAAGCCCAGGUCAAGACUAUACGGUGGAAGAUUGACAUUUACGUGAUGCCUCUCAUGACUCUCAUCUAUUUGUUUGCAUUCAUUGACCGCUCCAACAUUGGAAACGCUCGAUUGGCCGGCCUCGAAAAAGAUCUUCACUUGAAGGGCAACGACUUUAACGCCGCGCUGUCCAUCUUUUACGUCUCGUACAUUGUAUUCCAGAUCCCGUGUGUUACUAUCUGCAAAUGGGUCGGCCCCGGAUGGUUCAUACCCACCAUCACGCUGGCCUUUGGCGUAUGCAGCAUCGGCACUGCGUUCGCCAAUGAUUACUCUACGCUCUGUGGUGUGCGCUUCUUGCUCGGCAUUUUUGAAUCUGCCAUGCAACCGGCACUCGCAUAUUACCUUUCUCGCUGGUACACACGUAGCGAGCUCACCUUCCGAGUAUCCCUAUAUAUCGUUUCAGCAUCACUCGCCGGUGCAUUCGGCGGUCUUCUCGCGUCAGCCAUCCUGACGCUGGAUCACUUUGGCUCUUUGCAAAAAUGGAGAAUGAUUUUUGCCAUUGAAGGCAUCGCUACCGCAGCGCUUGGCUUUGUGUGCUUUUUUAUCCUCACGGACCGACCCCAGACAGCCUUGUGGCUGACCGACGAAGAAAAGAAGAUUGCUAUUUUGCGUGUGCGAAGGGAGCGUGUGGGAACAACCGAAGUCCUCGACAAGUUUAACUGGAAGAAGGCGAAACUAGGCAUCUGCAACCCGGUCGUGAUUACAACAUCCAUCAUUUUCUUCUUCAACAGCAUUACGGUCCAUGGAGCGUCCUUUUUCCUGCCGACUAUUGUCAAGACCAUCUUUCCGCAUAAGACCGUCCAGGAGCAGCAGCUUCUAAGCGUUCCUCCCUACAUCCUGGGUAGUAUUAGCUGUCUCGCAACAUGUUACGCCAGCUGGAAGUUGGACAGACGAGGCAUCUUUAUGAUUCUGGGCGCGCCGAUAGUGGUAGUAGGAUAUGCCAUCUUUGUGGCGACAGAGAAUAGCACAGUCCGCUACGUGGCUAUCUUCUUGCCAUUUUUUGGCAUCUUUGCAUACGGCGCCAUCACGCCGUCACACUGUUCAGCAAACGUGGUGUCGGAUACGGCCCGAUCGUCAGCUAUCGGGUAUAACGCCAUGAUGGGCAGCAUGGGCGGUCUCCUCUCGACCUGGCUAUUCUUGGAUUUUGAUGCGCCUCGAUAUUUGAUCGCCAACUCCCUCAAUCUCGCCGUUCAGGCGGCAAUGAUUCUGCUGGCCACUGGGCUCUACUUUUGGAUUGAACGCAGCAACAAGAGGCGGGACCAAAUGGACGAGACAGAAUCACUAGACGGGCUGACUCCAGAGGAGGUACAAGAGCUUGAUUGGAAGAACCCUAGCUUUCGCUGGGUAAACUAA